AAUAUAGAUUGACCAUAACUAUAUCAUUUAAAAAUGGUCCAGCUCAUACCGUUAGCAACACCGUUCAUAGCCGUUGCUGGAAAUCAAAAUGUCCAACUUCAAAUCCAGGCUAUCAUCCAGUGGCUAAACUCAGAAAGCGCCCAUGUUACCAUUAGUAGGAUCAAGGAUAUGUGUAGCAUUCUAACUGGCCUGAAAACCAUGAUUGACCAGUUUCAUUGUCGUGAAGCGGAGGUUAUUCGUGAUCUGGUUGAAAAACAAAAGGUCCAGCAGGAUAACCUUAACAAGUUUACCGAGAUAAUUGAGGGUCAACAGACAGCGCUAAUUUUCAUGCAACGUUUCAUGAUGCUAAUAUUUACGUGCAUGCUCUUCAUUAUAAUGGCCUUGAUGCUUGGAGUACAGUGGCGAGUAUGUCAAAAUGUGGUAAAUACGGGCCAAAUAUGGGUUCAUUUGGCACUCACUGAGAUCUACAAAGUGGUCGUACCCGGAGAUCUCAUAGAAGUUCAGAGGUCCUGUGGUUUGAAGCAUUCGGUUAUAUGCGAGUGCACAACGGACCAGGGUGUUAUCUGGUGCUAUCAUGUAUCACCGAAUAGCAAUAAGGCCAAAUUUAAUGUCUUCGUUAAGUAUCACCCGUUGAGUGACAUAUUGGAGAGGGAGGGGGCAAAUGGGCCGGACUUGUGUCGGGUGAACAACCAGGAAAGGCAGGCCAACCGAAAGCGAGUGACAGCUCGACCAUUGGAUCAGGUGGGAUAA